UGGGCGGCAGCGCGCAGAAUGCAGACUGGAACAAGUAUGAUGACAGGCUAAUGAAAGCAGCCGAAAGGGGCGACAUGGAAAAGGUUUCAUCCAUCCUUGCGAAGAAAGGGGUCAGUGCCACCAAGCUGGACGUGGAAGGGCGCUCUGCAUUCCAUGUUGUAGCAUCAAAGGGAAAUCUGGAUUGCCUGAAUACGAUUCUCGUUCACGGCGCGGAUAUCACGGCCACCGAUGCUGCAGGUCGAAAUGCGUUGCACCUAGCUGCAAAAUAUGGACAUGCUUUAUGUUUGCAGAAGCUACUGCAGUACAAUUGUCCAACUGAAAAUGUGGAUCUUCAAGGAAGAACGGCUCUCCACGAUGCAGCUAUGUCAGACUGUGCCUCCAGCAUACAGCUCCUGUGUGACCACGGGGCCUCUGUGAAUGCAAAAGAUGGGGAUGGGAGGACACCGUUAGUGCUGGCCACUCAGAUGUGUCGUCCUACGAUCUGUCAGCUCCUCAUAGACAGAGGGGCAGAGGUUAACGCCAGGGACAAACAGAACAGGACCGCCUUAAUGUUAGGCUGUGAAUAUGGCUGCAAGGAUGCAGUAGAAGUUUUGCUCAAAAAUGGUGCGGAUGUUAGUUUGGCUGAUGGCCUUGGUCAUGACUGUGCUUACUAUGCCAGAAUUGGUGACAAUAUUGACAUUUUGGCUUUAAUAAAAGCUGCCGUUGAGGAUUCCAGCAAAGCAAGGGAUAUCACAAAGAAAGGGCAACCUGAACAAAAGGUUACUCGCAUGUCUCAGAAAUGGAAUCGGCUGCCCACGCAGGAGGAGGCGAAUGCCCAGGUGUAUCGCAAGGAGCACAACGCUCAGGAACUGGAAUUAGAAAAUCAGGACUUGAAAGAUCGAAUGAGAGAAGUGCAAGAGGAGCAAAGGAUGCUGUUGGACAGAAUCAAUGGGCUCCAGCUGCAGCUGAAUGAGGAGCAAAUGUUUGCAGAUGAUCUUGAAAAUGAGAAAGAUGAGUUGAAGAAAAUGCUAACUACCAAGGAAAAACAACAGGAAGAAAGCCUAAGGACUAUCGAAGCUCUGAAAGCUAAACUCAAAUAUUAUGAAGUUGACUUUGUGGGCUCUGGAAGUAAUUUUGGUAAUAGAAAAGAGGAAUUGCUGCUUAAGCAAGGUCAAGUGUUUGCUGUGGAAUCACAGUCCAGGUCUAUGCUGAGGCCCCUGGAGCUCUCCCUGCCCAACCAGUCAUCCAGUUCAGAGAAGGAAGCUUUGAAGAGAGAGCUCGACACCAUGAGGACCUGCUACGGUGCAGCCAAAGAAGAGAUAAGCAAACUGCAGAGAGAGCUGUCUCGCAAGGCGACCGAAUGUAAAGCUUUAGCAUCAGAGUAUGAAAGAACCAAGGAGGAAUCUGAUGGGCAGAUAAAACAACUGGAGGAUGCUUUAAAAGAUGUGCAGAAGAGAAUGUUUGACUCGGAAGGCAAAGUUAAGCAAAUGCAGACCCACUUUCUUGCUCUGAAAGACCACCUGACUAAUGAAGCGGCUUCAGGAAGCAGCAAGCUAGCAGAGGAGCUGAAGGAUCAGCUCAGGGAAAUGAAGACAAAGUACGAAGGAGCCUCUGCUGAAGUGGGUAAGCUAAGGAACCAGAUUAAGCAGAAUGAAUUGUUAGUGGCAGAGUUCAAGAGAGAUGAAGGAAGGCUGGUGGAAGAGAAUAAAAGGUUGCAGAAGGAACUCGGUAAGUUGGAGAUGGACCGAGAUAAAGGGGAAAGAAACAUCACAGAGCUAGAAAAGCGGCUCAGAGAAACGGCAGAGAAGCUAGCCCACUCCGUAACUGCAGAGAAAUUUGAAAACAUGAAGAGUUUGUUAUCAAAUGAAGUGAAUGAGAAAGCAAAGAAGUUAGUAGAGAUGGAAGGAGAACAUGAAAAACUGCAGGCAGAGGUUUGUCUUUUAAGGAGGGAAUCGGAAAGUCAAAAAGCUGAACUCGUUCAUCAUGUAAAGCCAGAAGAGCACGAGCAAAUGAGGAGUGGCUUUGAGCAAAAAACUGAGGAACUUGGGAAAACCAUUUCUGAAUUAUUACAGAAAAAUCGGAGUUUGCAAAAGGAAGUCGAAGAAGUGCAAAUGGAUAAUAAGAUGCUUAAACAACAAAUCCAGAUGCUAAAUACUGAAAUUAAAAGCCAGAAUGUGCCUUUAAAAGUUCAUGAAGAACUAAAGAAAAGAAAUGAACUGACCAUUGAUGAUCUGACUAAAAAGGUUUCUGAAAUAACAAACAAGUACAAUGAAAGCAAGACAGAAGCUGAAAAGUUGCUGGAAGAGAAGGACAGCUUAAGUGAGAAUUUAAGCCGCUUCCAAGCUGCGUACCUGUCCCCAGAGCAGCACGAAAAAGAGGUAAAGGCUUUAAAAGCGAAUGGCAUUGAGCUUGAGAAGCAGCUUGCUGAGCUUCAUAAAAAAUAUGAUGAUGAGCAAGCCAAAGUGUGCAAACUAGUGUUGGAGAACACUGCCGUAAGAGAAACUCUCAGGGAUCAGUAUGUGCUGGUUACAACGCACGAAGAGAUUAAAGCAGUCUUGAAUAACACACUAGAAAAGACUAAUACGGAGCUGUCGGAUCUGAAGGGAAAAACGGAAGAAAUAAAGAAGGAAUUCAUGAAGAACUACAUCCUUGCUGAGAAAUCCCAUGAAAUGGAAAAGAUGUUCACGAACAAAAUGGAAGAGCUGAACAAGCAGUUGAGAGAACUCCUGCAGAAAUACACGGGCAAAGAAGGUGAGGAAGAAGAGGAGCAGGGGCCGGCGGCGCGGCCGCGCGGGGACGGCCGGGGCCUUCCCGGGGAGCGCUUUGAGGGCUGGAGGAAGGCGCUGGGGAGCACGGUGGAGCGCCUGAAGGAGGCCCUCAGGAGCAAGGAGGAGCGUUUGGACAAGGAGACGCUGAAAGUUUUGGCAGAGUACAUGCAAAUGAAGGAAACGCUGGAACAAGAAAUCAUAGCAGUCAAAAAUAGCUUAAAAGAGAAGGAAGAAGAAAACGGCGUGAAAACUGAGGAAAUCCUGAAGCUGCAGCGUGAGGUUGAGCAGACCCGGCAAGCGUUAACCGAGCUGGAGAGCAAAGAAGUCAUUGAUGUAGCUGAAUAUGAAUCCAUGAAGAGGAAUCUGGAGGCCCAAGUUAGCAGCAUAGCUGAGAACUUGCUCAGUGUGAACAGAAAGUAUGAGGAAGCCUGUGAGGAGGCUCUGCAAGCCAAGAAGAGUGAGCUCUCCUUGAAAGGGGAAAAGGAAUUGCUUCAGUUACGGAGCUGCAGCAUUGAGCAAGAAAUUAAAGACCAGAAGGAAAGGUGCGAUAAAUCAUUGACAACAAUUAUUGAACUGCAGAAGAGAAUACAGGAAUCUGCAAAGCAGGUGGAAGCCAAGGAUAACAAGAUAACAGAACUGCUUAAUGAUGUAGAGCGAUUAAAACAGGCCCUGAAUGGCUUGUCUCAGCUCACAUACACCAGUGGGAUUCCCUCAAAAAGACAGAACCAGCAGGUUGAGAUGCUCCAGAACCAAGUGCAAAUGCUGCAACAACAGCUCGCUGAUGCUAAAAGGCAGCAUCAAGAGGUAAUUUCAGUUUAUCGGACACAUCUUCUUAGUGCCGUACAGGGUCACAUGGAUGAAGAUGUCCAAGCUGCUUUACUGCAGAUCAUCCGAAUGCGGCAGGGCCUUGUUUGCUGACGUCCUUGGCGUGGUUCC